AACUCUUAAAGAAAAGGAGAGAACCCUGGGAGGGGCCAGCCCCUGGGUGCCCUGGCCCUGUCCCCAGAGAGGGUCCUCCUGCUGUGGAUGAGGAAACAGACUUAGGGAGAGUUUUGACUUGCCUGAGCUUACUUAGCCAAUGAGAAGCCAGAUUGGGGGUGAGAUGGAGGGGGGAUCUAGGUGAUGAAAACAAAAGAUAUAAAUACUGUCCCUCCCCUCCCCAAGAAAAGGGGCUGGGAUUUGAAACCACGAUCUGAGUUUGCACUAGUGGACCAUAGCCGUGGAGACGUGGGCCAGCAGGGUCCCGGAUCAGGUCCAAACUUGUGUUUGGGAAAUGAAGGGGGGGCCGAAGAGCCUAAGGUUGGAGUGGCCCUCGGUGACCAUAGAGUCCGCCCACAUGAUAAUCGAUAGGGCUUCUAGAUCAAGAGCUCCAGGAGAGCAGGGGAGGAAAAAUGGCUCGGGCUUCCUCUACAGCCUCCUCAAGUGGGGUUCAGCCCUUAGGAGUCCUUUAGAAACAUACGCCGGAGACGGCGAGGUAGCCGUCUGGGCCCCGAAGCCAAGGGGCUCUGCCUCCCUCCAUCCCGCUUCCCACUGGUGUCUCCUCCCACCUUAAAGGAGCUGCGGCCUUUUCCCCUUCUCCCUGUUGGGCCUUCCUUAGGAGCAUCCCAAGGAGAUUGGAGCUGGGGUGAAUUCCUCUUCUUUCCCGCCUCCCGUCCCAUGCUUGGCACCUAAACUCUUCUCCCAUUCGGUCCCCCUGCCACAUCGAAGCACUGUGAGGAGCCGCUCGGACAGUCCGUUUUCCUUUUAUGAAAGGCUCCGCCCCUUUGGCCGAGGGGAGGGGGCGUAGGGUGGGGCUUCUCCGGAGCCGAACAAAGCCGGCACUCAGUGGGGCAGCGGCGCCCGGGCCGGGCCGGGCCGGGGCCAGGGCCGGGCGGCCAGAGGAGAAGGAGGAAGAGGAGGGCAGGAGGGGGCCGGGUGCUAGGGCCCAUUUUCUCGCCGGCCCCCCGCGUCGCGCCCAUGAACGGGUUGCCGGGGGGCCCUGCGCCGGCGCCCGCGCCCUUGGGCUGCCCGCUCGAGGGGCUCCCGCCGCUGCCCCGGGGGCUCAGCGGCCUCCUCAACUCGAGCGGGGGCUCGUGGAGGGACCUGGAGCGCGUCUACAGCCAGCGGAACCGCAUCCAGGACGAGCUGAGCCGGGCUGGUCGCGCCCCCGAGGGACCCUCGCAGCCCCCGCGCCGCCCAGCCAACCUGGACUCGGCUUUGGCAGUGUUGCGGAAGGAGAUGGUGGGCCUCCGCCAGCUUGACAUGUCUCUGCUGUGCCAGCUGUGCUCUCUACACGAGUCCAUCCAAGACUACAAGCACCUGUGCCAGGACAUGAGCCUGUGCCAGGACAUGUCAUCGUCCCUGCACUCGGACAGCUCCUACCCCCCGGACACAGGCUUCUCUGAUGAUGAGGACGAGCCGCCCGACUGCAGCCUGCCCCGGGACCCGCCCCCUCUCCGGGUCCCCCAGACUCACAAUUCCCGGGAUAAGUGGCUGCAGGACUCAUUCAGUCUCUGAGGAUGGGUCCCUGGCCCUGGUGCCCUCUGGAGGCCCAUCGAGGCCGGGGCCUAGCCCAUUCCGCCUCCCCCCAUAUAGUGCAGGCAGGUACACACGGGGGGGGGUACACACACCCGGGCUCACAGGUGAGCACACGAACUCACUCUCCCUGAGCCCUGUGAUCUCUCACUGUGCUAGUUACCGGGAAUGGCUGGGGCCCAUAGGUGGUUUCCCUACCUUCUCUUUCAGUCACUUCUCUCAGAGAAGAGAUAUUGACUUGCUAGAGAUCCAGGCUCAGCAUUAUCUCCCACCCACUCCCAGACCCAGCUGUCAGUGGACUCACCCCAUCCACCCUGAGGCCCUCUUCUCCCCCGCUGCCCUUCAAGGGCUCCCAGGCAAGCUCAGCUCUCUUGAGGCCAAUCACUUGGGCAAGGGAAGAAGCAUCUGAAAGAACUUUGCCCUUGGCACCUUGGCCAGAUCGCUAGAGCCUCUCCUGCCACCAACAGUCAGCUUGGCUCCACAUCUAAAAAGGAAGCUAGCUGGCUCUGCUAUGGGGGCAAAUAGCAUGGCAAAGGAGAACAGCUCCAUAACUCAUUUUUUGCUGCCCCUGUAGGAGUAGUGUCCAGCAAGCUGGGGGGUCAAGCUUGGCUAUUGGGCAAGACCCAGCCCAAAGGUCGGCCUUGCUUCUCACUUGGCAAUGGGGAGGGCUGGGGUGCAGGACUAUGCCCAAUAUUUAAUGUACUGGGACCUCGGCCUUGGGGCCCCACAAAUAAAUAAAUGGCUCUGUCUCUGCUCA